AUGUUUAAUGAGCUCAAUCCAGGCAUUGUGAGGCCUGAAAUACAAGCACCGCAGUUUGAGCUCAAGCCAGUGAUGUUCCAAAUGCUCCAAACCAUGGGGCAAUUCAGCGGGAUGCCAACUAAGGAUCCUCACCUCGAUCUCCGUUCAUUCUUGGAGGUGAGUGAUUCUUUCAAGAUCCAAGGAGUGAGUGAAGAGGUGCUAAGGUUGAAGCUAUUCCCAUUCUUACUACGAGACCGAGCUAGAUCAUGGCUCAACACUUUGCCUCCUGAUUCUGUCACCAAUUGGAAUGAUCUUGCUGAGAAGUUUCUGAGGAAAUACUUUCCUCCUACUAGAAAUGCAAAAUUCAGAAGUGAGAUAAUGUCUUUUCAGCAACUUGAAGAUGAGUCCACAAGUGAUGCAUGGGAGAGGCUUAAGGAACUUUUGCGAAAGUGUCCACAUCAUGGCAUUUCACAUUGUAUUUUGAUGGAGACUUUUUAUAAUGGCUUGAAUGCAGCAUCUCGAAUGGUGCUAGAUGCAUCGGCCAAUGGUGCUAUUUUGUCGAAGUCUUACAACGAAGCAUUUGAGAUUUUGGAGACCAUUGCAAGUAACAACUACCAAUGGUCCAACACAAGAGCUCAAACAAGUAGAAAAGUGUUGGGGGUCCUUGAAGUAGAUGCAAUAACGGCUUUGACAACUCAAAUGGCUUCCAUGACGAAUGUUUUGAAGAAUUUGAGCUUUGGGAACUCUAAAAAUAUUCAGCCAGCUGCUGCCAUUCAAAGUGAUGAUGUCUCAUGUUUGUUUUGUGGAGGAGGGCAUGUGUUUAAGAAGUGUCCCUCUAGUCCAGAGUCCGUUUGUUACAUGGGAAAUCAGAAUUUUAACAGAAACAAUGGGGCAUUCUCAAAAUCUUACAAUCAAGCAUGGAAGAAUCAUCCUAAUUUGUCUUGGGGGUGGGGGGGGUCAAGGAGCAAGCUCAAGAAAUGCACCAGCCCAAGGAAGACAAGCAUAUCCACUAGUCAGGCUGCCUCUCUUCGAAACCAUGAGUUGCAGCUUGGACAUUUGGCCAAUGAAUUAAAAGCUAGGCCGCAAGGUUCUUUGCCUAGUGACACUGAAAAUCCAAGGAGGGAUGGGAAGGAACAAUGUAAAUCCAUUCAACUAAGGAGUGGCAAGCAUCUGAAAAAUUCUGAGGAGGAAAUAAAGGGUAGUUGGGAGCCCACUUCAAUCCAAAUCAAUGAAAAAUUGAGUAACAAAACUGCCCAGGAAUUUGCUGAUACCAGCCCAGUUGAUACAGCAACGGGUCAACAACCUAACAGUCAGCAAUCCGCACCAAUUUCAAAAAUAGCAGCAAGAUGGGAUAUUCAAAAAGUUUUUAGAUGUGUUGAAGCAACUCCAUAUCAAUAUUCCCUUGGUGGAAGCAUUGGAGCAAAUGCCGAAUUAUGUCAAGUUCUUAAAAGAUAUUAUGACGAAGAAAAAGAGGUUAGGGGAGUUUGA